AUGGUAGCAGAGCCGCCGAGACGAUUCUCAUACGCAGCCGCCGUCUCCGGCGAAGGAAGACAUGAGAGGAACACAGCGUCACCUCUCAUCCGAUCACCAGCUCGCAACGCUACAUCAGCUCCGCAGAGGAACUCUAAUCUACAGACGCAGAGAAACUACGGCACAGAGGAUAUGGAGAAUCCGCUGUUUCUCAGCGUGAACGAGAACCCCUCUGCGAUCCUCGUUAGUCCCCCAUUAGUAGGUAGCUCCAACUACACUUCUUGGUAUAUCUCGAUGCGGAUCGCCUUGGAAGUGAAGAACAAAUGGUGGAUCGUCAACGGCAGCGAUUCAACUCCGAGCAGAGAAAGCAGCCAGUAUGCGGCUUGGAGACGCUGUAAUCUUAUAGUGUGCUCCUGGAUCUUCAAGUCAAUCCACACCUCCAUAGCUCAAAGCGUUAUGCAUUUGGACAAAGCGCGAGAUGUCUGGGAAGAUCUGAGAAAGAGAUUCGCACAAUGCGAUGCACAACGGAUCUCAACCUUACAGAAUGAGAUCAACAAUCUGAAACAAGGUAACCUAUCUGUGAGCGAUUACUAUACUAAAUGCAGGACCAUGUGGGAGGAGAUGAAUAUCUUGAGGCCUCUCCCAAUAUGCAAGUGCGAUCCAAGAUGCGAUUGCGGUCUCGUUGAUGAAAUUAGAAGAGAACGGGACGUGGAUCAGUUGAUAAGAUUCCUCCAAGGAUUGAACGAUGACUUCAAUAGCUUGAAGUCUAAUGUUCUUGUCCUCGAUCCAUUGCCGGAAGUAUGCAAAGUUUAUGUGAUGGCAGAGAAGGUGAAACGACAGAUUGGCAUGACUAACAUGAACAUGAGCAGUUUGGAAGUCGGCCAAGCUAAUGCUGUCCAGAUGAAUAACAUACCAGCAGAGGAGAUUGUGGCUACUGUCAACAACUAUAAUGGAAUGAUGGGGCACACCAUUGACAAAUGCUACAAAAAGCAUGGCUAUCCCCCCGGUUGGGUGCCAGGCUUCAAAUCCAAAAUGAAACAACAAACUGCUGCUCCAGUGAUGACUGAUCUGGGAAUCAGCAAUGAUCAAUUUCAGAAACUCUUACUGGCUAUGCAAAAUCAGAUGAACCUGCCUUCCAGCUCCAAUACCACUGCAGCAGUUUCAUUGAUUCCCAAGUUUGCUGAGGAAGACAAUGGAGGCAAGUAUUCCUCUUCUCGCAUUAAUUUCCUUUCAAUAUGUGAGUCUACUUGGAUAUUAGAUUCGGGUGCUACCGAUCAUAUCACUUGCUCCAUUGAAUAUUUUGAUGAAUAUUACACUGUUGAAGGAGAAGAAGUUAGCCUACCUACUGGAAACCGCAUUGCUGUGAAUCAUAAAGGGAGUGUGAAGCUGGGGAACAAUCUGUGGCUGAGAGACGUUAUGCAUAUCCCAACCUUCCAAUUUAACAUAGUAUCAGUGAGCAAAUUGCUUUAG